CAGACUCCCGGCCCCACGCCCGAGGCCGCCGCCCCAAACACUCAUACAUCGCACGAUGCACCGCAGGGGCUCGGAGAGCAGAGCCAGGCGCGUGGGAAGGUGACCCCGGACGUCCGACGCCGACCCCUCCAGGACGCCGGGCCCUCCUCCCGCCCGCCGACGGGCACCGCCCACUGUUGCCAUGACCACGUUGUGAGCCGCACGCCCGGGAGCCAAUCGGUGCCGCCCGGCGUUGCCAUGGCCACCGUGUGUUGGGUCCAUUUUUGACCUGGCCACACUUGCUGCCCUGUCCCAAGAGCGCGAGGCAUGAACCGCAAGAAGCUACAGAAGUUGACAGACACCCUAACUAAAAAUUGCAAGCACUUUAAUAAAUUUGAAGUGAAAUGUCUUAUAAACCUCUUUUAUCACUUGGUGGGAGGCAUAACUGAGCAGCAAGGCACAGCGAUCGGACUAGAUCGUAAUGCCUUCCAAAACAUCCUGUACAGGACAUUUGGAAUGUUGGACGACACAAUUAUGGACAGAGUAUUUCGAGGUUUUGAUAAAGACAAUGAUGGUUGUGUAAACAUAUCAGAGUGGAUUUAUGGAUUAUCACUGUUUCUUCGAGGAACUUUGGAAGAAAAAAUGAAAUAUUGCUUUGAAGUGUUUGAUUUGAAUGGUGAUGGAUUCAUUUCAAAGGAAGAAAUAUUCCAUAUGUUGAAGAACAGCCUUCCCCAGCAGCCAUCUGAAGAGGACCCCGAUGAAGGAAUUAAAGAUUUGGCUGAAAUAGCACUUAAAAAAAUGGACUAUGACCAUGAUGGGAAACUGUCUUUCGCAGACUAUGAGCAAGCUGUGAGAGAGGAGACCCUUCUGCUGGAAGCUUUUGGACCAUGUCUACCUGAUCCAAAGAGCCAGAUGGAAUUCGAAGCCCAAGUAUUCAAAGAUCCAAACAAGUUCAAUUAUAUGUGAAAACCUAAAUGUCUGGCUGUCUCAAGUGAGUGAAAAAGGAGCCUGACUCAUACUAGCUGCCCGCUGUCCAUCACAGAAGACUUCAGGAAACCACUUCCCUGCCACUGGCAUCUGAGUGACUCCCACAUUUUUGCUAUUAUAAAUAAUUCCCCAAGUGAACUAUCCUUGUAGAUAAAUCUUUUCAUGUGCAUCAUUGCUUACUUACUUGGCGUAGAUCUGUAAAAGUAAAAACGUUGGAUCAGAGGCCCGCAUAAAGGUGAGAUUUCCAGCCCACAUGGCGGGGUUACCCCCCAGGCA